ACCAUGGACGUCGACGCCAUGUCCGUCAAAGAGCUCAAAGCAUUGAUCGGCCGCGCGGGCCUGUCCUGCGUCGACUGCGUCGAGAAAUCGGACCUGCGCGCGCGUGCCCGCCAGGCCGUCGCGCGCCUUGACGAGGCGAAGCGGCUCCAGGAGGAGCGCAAGAAGACGUCGCCGCCGCCGCCGCCGGCCGCGGACAAGACGCCCCAGCCGUCGCCGGCCAAGCCGGCCCGGUCGCCGCCGGUGCCGCCGUCUGUGCCGCCCGGUGUGCCGGUGCCCGGAGCACCCGGAGCCCCUCGGCCCGGCACCUACGUCUAUAGAGCUGGAGCGCCGCCGCCGCGGCCGCCGCCGCAGUGGCAGCCGCCGCCGCCCCAGCCGCAGAAAAAACCAUCACCAGCGAAAAAGAAGUGGUCCGCGGAUGAUAUGUACGACUCCGACGGAAACGAAAAAUUCGACGUGACGACGAGCGACGACGACUCGGACGCCGAGGCGCCGGCGCCCGGGACGUAUGUGUACCAGGCGCGCGCGCCGCCGCCCGAGAAGCCGAAGCGCCGCCGGCGCCGCGACACCUACGACUCCGACGAUCCGCCGAGCGAUUGCGUGUCCGACGAGGAGGAGUACAAGCCGCGCGGCUCGAGGCGGCGGCCGCGGGCUAGAUAGAUAGAACAAGACGAGGCCUGGAACGCGACGUUCGG